AUGGCCUAUCUCUGUGAAUAUCAACAACCAAAGCUGAAUGACUUGGCAUACGAAACAAAAAGAGCUUUUGUAAGUAAAGAGAAAUAAAUGUUUUAGUUUUUUUUUAUUUUUUAGGACGAGUUACGUAUAGUACAAUGUAAUAAGGAGCGGGGUAGGAUUUGCGAAGAAAAAAAACCUCUAAGGUAAAUUUACCAUGACUACAGAAUUCCCUGGAAGGGUAUUACCGAGUAGUAGCGUUCACUUCCUAUUCAAAAGCUAGUAUGAAUAUUCUUAAUAGCAGAAGCAAUUGUCAAUUAGCCAGUCAGAAAUUAAAUUCAGCUUUCACUUUCCAAACACACCAAAAAGACACGGCCAUCAGUCGGCUGCGCCUCGUGAGUCCACAACAGUUUGACCCCAAUGAUGACGAAUAUAGUUGUUGGUAAGGAGUACAGACCACGCUAAACCACUGUCGAUUUGUUAAUUAUAACAUAAUUUUCUAUGGAGCUACCAUAGUAAAAAUUCUUAGGUACUGCAUGGCCAUUCAUCCAUCAUAACACAUAAAGUUUCACUUCGGCCGAAAGUUCCCCUCGCGUUUAACCGGGAGGUUUCAAAAAUUUUGAGAUAGUUUUUCCGAUCUAUCCUGAUUGAGAUAGCCCUUUUGGAGCUCAAAAUGAAAAAAAAAUUGCUAAAUAAUACUCUUUUCGAAAAACAAUUAGUACGUAGCUCUUUCAAGCGACGAAGUUAGUUUUGGAGUUGACGAUACUUCAUUCCAAAACGCGAUGCGAAUUAUGGCUGAAAACAAAAAUUAAUUUACUGACUUCAACUGAGGCUUUACGACUUUGGGGACCCUUCAUUGAAACUGUAAAUAGUGCUUUGAAGUGUUUAUAUGUCCCAAAAAUGUUGUUCAAUAUAAGAAUUUGUUCUGAAAUCGAAAAAUUUUCAGAAUUUUUAAAACAAAAAACAAAGCUACGCAAUUUUUGGUCGUGAAUUCUAGUAAACAACAAUUCAAGUAGGGUUAAUCUACCAGACAAGUCUCGUAAAUGGAUGAGAUUUUUAAGUUUUUCGCUUCGUUUUUCGAACGGUUGGUAUUAUUUUUAAGUGUUGAUAUUUCCUAAAAGUAUUGUUCAGUAGAAGAUUUUAAUUUUAAACCGUACAAUUUCAGAAUUUUUUAAAAAUUUCGACACGAAUCUACGCAAAUUUCUGGCCGUGAAUUCUAGUAAACAACGAUUCAAGCAUCUACUACGUGAUCGCGUGCAUGCAAGAAACUCGUUCGUUUUUCACAUCUGGACAGAAAAUUUACAAUUUUUUGUAUUAAGAUUUGCUCUCGAAAUGUUUCACGACCGUUUUUGCCUUGUUGUUUAUUCAUAGUUUUCGGGUAGAAUACGUUUACCUGGUAAACCCGGCACAGAUGUAAUAAACUCCUUUUUUUCGAGGACAACUUGCGUCUGCGUGCUAUGUUGUAAAAGAAUUGGUUCUUGCUUUGGUUGUGCGUAUAUCGAGUUAGGAUGCACUUGGGAAGUUUGGAGAGCACUAAAGAAGCUAGAUUCUACAGUUAGGCAAAGCAUUCUGAAUUUUAAACCUCUGUAUCUUUUUUAUUUAGGCUCAAAAAUACUUCGGCGAUCCUCUGGAAGCAAGACCAGUAACCAUGAAAGGAGUAGAGCUGCUGGAUAACCGCAAAAGGCUCCCGGUAAGUUGAUCUGAGUUGUUUCAGGGAUGAUAUUGAUGGAGAAAUUAGAUGCUGCGAACUAUUGGGAAUUUAAGGGUAAACAGAGCAGAAGAAAUCACUCUGAUCUUGGUGUCAUGAUGUUUUUAUUCAUUGUGGCAGCUGACAUCUAAUUUGAGUUUUCAUAUUCUUACUUUCAGUUGCACGUUUUUGCAUCGAAGGCAUACAAACAAGUGGCUAUAUUUCACUCAGUCUUCCAAGAUAUUACACAAAAUUGGUCCCAGAGUCAACGAGAAAACAAAGAAAUUAAAGAUAACCUUAGAGGCAUUCAAGGACGCCUUCAACACCUGAAAAAACUCAUGAAGAAAGUGGUAAGAGAGCAGUUUUUAUUUUGUUUUAUUUUAUCAAUUUAGUCAUCCAGAAAAUUCUCUAUAUUCUAUACGCAAGCAUAUUUUAUAUAUGUUAAUGUGACAGCGAUACACCUAAAAAAAUUCUGGUCUUUUCUUUUUCCUCUGAGUCUCCACUAGCAUUAGUUCUUCCUCUAACGUCCCUUUCCUUUUUGUUUACAGGUCCGUUUGAGUUCCCAGUCCCCUGGAAAUUCUUCUCUGCCUCAAGUUCCACAGCCAAACAGAAAAAUCUGGAGCGAUUCUAUUCAUCGACAGAAAGCCUGGAUAUUAGGAGUAUUGGGAGAGUUCAAACUUAGUCUCAUUUACCUGCGGCCCGCCAUAAGAAAGCGCGCGUGUAAAACAUGCAAAGUGAACUGAUUGAAAAGAGUUUGUUCAUGUACACUGUAUCAGUGAUUUAUAAAGUAGAGUUUGUAACAGCUCAGCAUUGGAUAAGUUAACUCAUAAGAUUAAUUUUUAAGUCAGAGCUCUUCUUAGAGUAUUUUGAAAUACCGCUUUUUGUAAAAGCUGGUUAUAUUUGUUAGAAUUCACAUUCGUUGUGGCAAAAGCAGGCAAUAUAUCAAAAAAAAGCAAUAAGAAAAACAAUAAAAAGUGUAUUUUUCUGCUGGAUAUUUAUUAAAAAUGCCUUGUAAUUCAUUGGCAUAUAUUUAUUUUUAAGAAAUUACUAACAAUCAAGUCAAG